AGUAGACGGUGACCACUCGCUGGCGUCGCAUCGUUCCUCGAUCGUGUACCUGAAUCGUUCUCUCUAUCUCGGAAUAGACAUGUGGAUACACGCUUGUAUCGUUUUCGUCUUAAUAGCCGCCGUCUCCUGGCAAGUUUCUUCGUUGCAUUCAGACGCGGGUCCAUGGGUCCAGGCCACGAAGGGCGAGUUAUGGCCCAUGCCGAAUACGCGUAUAGUCAAAAAUUAUUUUUACCUAUUGCGACCAUCGAACUUCGAUAUUCGAAUAAACGGCGAAGUAUGCGAUAUCGUGACUGAAGCAAUAGAACGGUACACGAGGAUUAUUUUGACGGAAGCUAGAAUAGCGAGGUUGGUCACGGAAGGGCAGCCAAGAACAUUCAUUCGAGACGAUCCUUAUUUUAGAGGCACUCUUGAAGCCCUAAGCAUCCGUCUUUUGCAGCCUUGUGAACAGAAUGGCGAACAUUGGCCAUAUUUAUAUAUGAAUGAAUCUUAUAAGCUCGAAAUAAACGAGACUUCAUCGGUCGCCAUCCUAUGGGCCGAAUCGGAAUGGGGAAUCCUGCGAGGUCUCGAGACUUUCUCACAGGCAUUGGCACCGUCCGGCGAUGGCCCAAAUUUAAAAAUAAAAUGCCAAACCAUCCUGGACAAGCCGAAACUGCCGCAUCGCGGUCUCCUGCUCGAUACUUCUCGUCAUUAUCUACCCUUAUCUGACAUACUGUUAACACUGGACGCUAUGUCGUACAAUAAGCUAAACGUCCUUCAUUGGCACAUCGUUGAUGACAACAGCUUCCCGUAUCAGAGCACUAGGUAUCCCGACCUGUCCGCUAAAGGCACUUACCAUCCCUCGAUGAUCUACACACCCAAUGACGUGCAGAAAGUUGUCGAAUACGCGAGAUUACGUGGGAUCCGAGUGAUGCCCGAGUUUGACACACCCGGACACACAAGAUCAUGGGGGAUAGCUUAUCCGGAAUUAUUGACGACAUGUUAUGACUCUUCUGGAAAACCAAAUGGUAAACUAGGACCGAUGGAUCCGACGAACCCGACACUGUACAACUUCGUACAAAAUUUGUUCUCUGAGAUCGUGCAAGUAUUCCCAGAUCAAUAUGUCCACCUAGGUGGCGACGAAGUACCUUUCGAUUGUUGGGGUAGCAAUCCAAGAAUUGUCGAAUACAUGAAAAACCGUAACAUAUCUAAAUACGAAUUGCUCGAGAACGAAUAUAUAACCAAAUUACUCGCAAUCAGCAGUUCGUUAGACGCUAACAGUAUUGUAUGGCAAGAAGUUUUCGAUAAUGGUGUUGUGUUACCCGCAAGCACGGUAGUACACGUUUGGAAACUACCUUUUUGGCAAAAGGAAUUAGAAAGAGCAACGGCGGCAGGUCAUCCGGUCCUGCUGUCAUCUUGCUGGUAUCUGGACCAUAUCGCCGGUGGCGGCGACUGGCAAAAAUAUUACAAUUGCGAUCCUUUCGACUUUGCUAAUGCAGCCAAUGCCACGCAUCUCAUGCUUGGCGGUGAGACUUGCAUGUGGGCAGAGUUCGUUGACAAAAAUAACGUGCAUCCAAGGAUCUGGCCACGUGCGAGUGCGGCGGCUGAACGUCUGUGGAGCUUCAAAAAGCAAGAUAACAAUGUUGCCGCUCAACGUCUGGAAGAGCACGCUUGUCGUAUGAACAGACGCGGCAUUCCCGCCCAGCCUCCGAAUGGAGCAGGGUUCUGUGUGUCAUAAUCCGUUCCCCGUCAAUCGACACCAAUGCUCAAUUUAAUCUACGCCAAUAUUUACGCUCGCAUAACCAGCUCACGAGAUAUACAAGUCUUCAUUUCGCACACUCAUUCAUCACUAUCGCAUAAGCACGCGAUCUGUGUGUCAUAAUAAAUAUAGUUUGAGUGAUAUGUAAGAGCCUGUGUACUUUUUACUUCUUCACAUUUAAUUACGCGAUUUUUUUCAAUAGCAAUAAUUUUCAUCACAUGCAUAUUUGAUAAUAAUCAAAAUGCGACAAAUAAAUAAAUUAAACUUCCUCCUUUUGAAGAGAUUGUAAGUUACUA